AUGCCCCUGCCCGAAAACAAAGUCCCACGUGACCGGCGGCGCGGGGAGCCCAUCAUGGCGUCUCCCAGCGGCUGCCGGCCCCAGCCCGGCGGGCAGGGCGGCGGCGCCGGGGCCGGGGCCGGGCCGGCGGCUCUGCGGGGGGCCGAGGAGGACGCCGAGGGGCUGUACGUGGCAGUGGAGCGGUGCCCCCUCUGCAACACCACCCGCCGCCGCCUCACCUGCGCCAAGUGCGUCCAGAGCGGCGACUUCGUCUUCUUCGACGGACGCGACUCCGAGAGGUUUUCAGACAAGAAAGAAAGGCUGAUGCAUCUUAAAACCAAGCAGAGAGAAUUCCAAAAACAUGUUUUGAAGGCCAUGGAAGGGAAAGAGAUAACUGAUCAGCUGAGAUGGAAAAUAAUGUCCUGCAAGAUGAGGAUUGAGCAGCUGAAACAGACCAUUUGCAAAGAAAAUGAUGAAAUGACAAGAUAUGCAGAGGGGCUUCUGAGAAUCAAAGAGGAGAACCAGAAGCAUUAUCGCAGGGCUCAGCGGCAUCAGGAGAAGAAAGAGAAGAUCCAGAAGCAUAACCGCAAGCUGGGAGAAUUGGUAGAGAAAAAAACCUAUGACUUGAAAACCCAGUACGAGCAUCUGGCAAAUCUUCGUCGGACGCAUAUCCUGGAGCUAACAUCGGUCAUUUUUCCCAUUGAAGAAGUAAAGACAAGCAUGAGAGAUCCUGCAGACGUGUCUUCUGAGAGUGACAAUGCCAUGACCUCUAGCACUGUGAGCAAGCUUGCAGAAGCCAGGAGAACCACGUAUCUCUCUGGGAGAUGGGUGUGUGAUGAUCAUAACGGGGACACCAGCAUCAGUAUCACAGGGCCUUGGAUAACGCUUCCUAAUAACGGAGACUAUUCAGCGUAUUACAAUUGGGUGGAAGAGAAGAAGACUACACAAGGACCAGAUAUGGAACAUAAUAACCCUGCUCAUACCAUCAGUGCUGCAUUGUGCUAUGCAACUCAGCUCGUUAACACUCUGUCUCUCAUACUUGAUGUCAAUCUUCCCAAGAAGCUCUGCAACAGCGAGUUCUGCGGAGAGAAUCUGAGCAGACACAGGUUCACGCGGGCAGUGAAGAAGCUGAAUGCUAACAUCCUUCACCUUUGCUUCUCUCAGCAUGUAAAUUUAGAUCUGUUGCACCCACUGCAUACGCUCAGGAACCUUAUGUACCUGGUCAGCCCAGACACUGAGAACUUGGGCAGGUCCGGGCCUUUCGAAAUCAGUGCUGAUCUCGAAGACUCCAUGGAGUUCGUGGAUCCCAGUGCCACCGGAGAAACGGAUGAGAGCGGCGAUGAGCACGUCAGCGACGAAGAGACGGACCUAGGGACAGACUGGGAGAAUCUGCCGAGCCCCAGGUUCUGCGACAUCCCCUCUCAGCAGGUGGAGAUGCUGCAGAGCCAGAGCAGCCAGGUGUCUCAGCCCAUCGCCAGCAGCAGCGCUGGCGGAAUGAUCUCCUCUGCCGCCGCCUCCGUCACCUCCUGGCUGAAGGCGUACACUGGACAUCGCUAACGAGCAUGGGAAAAGCGUCGUAGGAUUUGCGGAAGGAAUCCCUCCCCGUCAGUGCUGUAGUAAACCUUACGUAUUCGGUUAAGUAGUGCCUGGAACAAAGAAAAGGUUGGACUUUCAUUUUGUAAACCAGAAAAAACCUUUUUAUUUACCCAAGAUGACUGUGAUGGUACCAUUUUGUAAAUUAGCUAGCUACGUACUUCUGACGGAUUCUGGGACGGCACUUUGUGUCUUGGUUCUGUCUGCAUUGUUGAGUAACAAAAAAAAAAAAAAAAGGACCCGGUAGCCUCCAGCUCUACUUUCUGAAGAAGAAACAGAUUUUAGAGUGCCUGGAUCGGGAUGAGUACGGAGAGGAGGCUGCUCCCUGCGCAGUCUGGACAGUGGUGCAAAUGCAGUUCACAUUUUCUUAACUCUCCUUACAGGGUUUUUCGUUUGUGUGUGUUUUAAAUCUGUCUUGCAUAAUGCAAAAAUGCAUAUUUCUAAAUUUUUUUCAUUCAGGACAUGAAAAUUAUGCAUUUUUAACAUGUUUUCUAAUCUCUGUUGCCAUAUUUUUAAUACAAAGAAUCAGCGUGGACAGGAAUUCACACAGCAAAUUGCUCUUAGUUUAGAUUUGGUUGUGAAUCUUGACCCAGUUUUGCCGUAGAAAACUGGCUGGUUUCAUGCUGUUUCCACCGGUAGGUAGUCUAGAAGUUUUCGUGUUGUGCUGUCCAAAGCACACAGGCUCUUUUAAUAUCAUACACCAAAGAAACACUGGACGUUCUCUUAGCUAGACCCACAUUUGACGCCGAUACAGGAUUGCGUUGUUGCAAUAAUAAUAUUCAUCGGUUCCAGCACCACGUUGCCACUUUUUCAUAGUAGAAAAACCUCAUUUCAAGCUAGUUUAAUGGAAUCACGCGGUCUCCACACUACAUGCAUUUUUAAACUCUGUUCAGUUUUAUGUUUCUGGUGGGGUGUUUUGGUGUGUUUUUUUUUUCUUCUUUUUUUAUUUACUGAAUGCCAAGAAGUUGAUCUGAUUUCACUGCAGAGAUGCUCCCAGCGCAGCUGGCUGGCUUGUAAAACGCCAGGAGGUGCGACGCUGACAGCUUCGUUAAUGCUCACGCGUUCGUUAACACGUGCUCCUCCGCUUCCUCCGCCUUGCGGUAGGUAUUGCUUAAAGACGGGUUCGCUCAGUGAGGCUUCCAACGUAUGGUUUACAUUUUAUGGAGUUGGGACGUUGUACUUCUCCACGGGGCAAACGAACACAAAAGCAUGCUCCCGUCCCCCCGGGAGGGGAGGUUUCUGCCACAGGGGACAUGGCGAGGCUGCGUGAGCGAUGCCCAAGCCACGUCCCUGUCAUCGGGCAGCGUCCUCCUGCGUGUCCCAGUUCCCGGCUGCAGGGCGGCUGGCCCAGCCGCGUCGCGGAAUGGUGGGUGACGGUUUUGCUCCGUUCCUCCCCGUCUCGGCCAGCGCUCCCUCCUGUCUGCACCGCGCCGCGGGCGGGAAAGCGGUUGUGGCACCAAGGCCGGUGAGCCCCACAUCGGGGGGGCAGCUGAGCAUGGCCUCCCCCAGCCCCUCUCCUACGGCAGCUCUUUCUCUUUGGCCUCGGGGACGGGCAUCUCGUGUUGGUAGUUUCUUUUAAUUUUUAUUUCUUGUUUUUAAACCAAAGACCCUUAACUCCACGCUAACAUCCCACCCGUCGUUAGAUGAAGACGCCCUCAGUCCUGCCACUCUUUGGGUCGAAAUCCAGCAGUUGGGUUAAUUUUAAGAGAACCGCCAAGACUCCCUUGACUACUGCAGCCCGAUGGGGGAGGGUUCCUGCAGUCCCCCCCACAGCCUGGAGGGGCCGGGGGGGUCUGGUCGCUGCUCCCCUCACAGCACUUUACUCCCUUGCAGCUCUCGCAUCCUCUGAGCAACCAGCACACACCAGUACUGUAUACUGGGCUCUUAGCACCGCACAGCCCCCUCUGGUUCCCCCUUUAUUUUGCACUGGACCCCGCCACGUAUCUUGUCUUUUUUUCUUUUUUUCUAAUUAUGUUAAUACGCGUUUUGCUCUCUCAUCGCUGCCUUUGUGCUACUUUGAACCCCCUAAAGGUCAGGCUGUGAUUCUGCUCUGUACGCUCUCCUUUCCGUUAGGAAAAAAAACAACACAAAAACCUUUUUAAGCCAUAUAUUUCAUCACCAUAACAUUUUCCAAAUAAUUUAUUUGCAACCAUGUUGUAUUCUGAAAGUGCACAACGGCCCUGCCAGGGGGUUAAAAUGCAUUGGGACAGGUCUUUUUCCGGGAUGUUUUUGUAACAGAAUACAGAUUGUGGUUUGUUUUUGUUUUGUUUUGUUUUUGUUUUUUAAAAAGUGUUUUGCACGUGUGUAGCUAAGGAAGAAUCACAUGUGUCCAAACCUCGAGUGCAAUGGCCAGGAUGAAUUUUCCAGGUUGUUUUGGAGGGCGGGAGCACAGGAAUAUCUGUAAUUAUAGAUAUUUGAAGGCAGCCGGCUGAGAGUUCACAAAACACUUUUGCAUAGCGCGAAUGCGGGAAUUUCAGUUUAGGCUGUGACUUUUGUCCGUGACCGGUGUUCUGGGGUGUUCAACCUGAGCUUCCAGGGGAAAAACUCCAUUUCCAGAGCGUACCCCUCCCCUGGAAAUGGGGUGCCUUGGUGAGGGCUGGAGGGGGACACCCCAGGGCUGCUCAUCACCUGCAAAAACUCACGGCCUCUCUCUGCAACUUCCCAACUAGAUGUAACUAAAUACAAAUCUUUUGGGUUUGUUUGUGGUUUUUUUCUAAAUUUUAUUGUAUUAUUG